AUGUUGGAUUUUGAAUAUACACCAUAUGGUGGUGGUGGUUCGGCUCCAUCAACAAUGAAUCAACAAGAAAUGGAUCAUUACUAUGGAGGAUCGUAUGGUGGUGGAGUUUCAAGUAUUAGUCGACGUGAAAUUAUUGAACAUUUUGCAGAAUUUCGUCGAGCUAUUCAUGAAGGACCUGUUUCACUUGUUCAACAUUAUUAUAAUACAAAUUAUGCAACAAUGAUGCAAAAUUAUAGUACAGAAUGGCCAUCAGCUGAAGCAUUGAAAGAACAUGUUGGAGAUGAUCCAUUAUUUCUUACUUUAUACAAAGAAAUGUACUUUCGACAUAUUUAUGCAUCAAAACCGGGUGGUGUUUCAUUAGAAGAACGACAAGAAUCUUAUAUGAAUUAUAUUGAUCUAUUUAAUUUGGUUUUAGCAAAAGAACAACCAUUAAAAAUCGAAUUACCUGAUCAAUGGUUAUGGGAUAUAAUCGAAGAAUUUAUUUAUCAAUUUCAAUCAUUUUGUAAUUUUCGUACAAAAUUAGCUAAACGUACAGAUGAUGAUAUUGAGCAAUUAAAACGCAAUAUUAAAAUUUGGAAUGUUCAUGCUGUACUUAAUGUUAUGCAUAGUCUUGUUGAUAAAUCACGAAUUGUUGAACAAUUAGAAGCAGCAAGAAAAGGAGAAACAUUCAAUGCUGGCAGUGAUUUAUUUUGUCAAACAAAUCUUUAUAAAAUGUUUGGAUAUUUUAGUUUAAUUGGUUUAUUAAAAUUACAUACAUUAACAAGUGAUUAUUAUAUGGCAUUAAAAACAAUUGAAUGUAUUGAUUUAGAUGUUACAAAACAAAAUGAUUUUUGUCAAGUAUUUCAUUGUAUUGUAGCAACAAAUUAUCAUGCUGGUUUUUGUUAUACAAUGAUGAGAAAUUAUGAAGAUGCUAUAAGUGUUUUUGUUGAUACAUUACUUUAUAUUCAACGUAGUAAACCAAUUAUAGUUGCUCAAACAUUUCAAAAUGAUGCAGUUAAUAAAACAGCUGAUCAAAUGAUGACAUUACUUGCUAUUUGUUUGACAUUAAAUCCUAUGCGUAUUGAUGAAACAAUUUAUUUACAUUUACGAGAAAAAUUUCUUGAUAAAUUACCUAAACCAUUACUUUGGGUUGGACCUGAUGGAAAAUUACCAUUUCGAGAUAGUUUUGCAUAUGCUUGUCCGAAAUUUAUUAGUCCAGCACCAACAAUUUUCGAACAACGCAAUGAUUCACAAUGGGCUGAACCAUUUAAUAGACAAAUAGAAGUCUUUACGGAAGAACUUCAAGAACAAGCAUACAUUCCUGAUGUUCGAAGUUAUUUAAAAUUAUAUACAACAAUGAAUAUCGAUAAAUUAGCAACAUUUAUGGAAAAAACACCUCAAGAAGUUAAACCAUUAUUAUUAACAUUUAAACAUAAAUUAAGUGGUAAUGAUGCAACACAAAAAACGGAAGAAGAUUUUCAAUCAUCAGCUGAUAUUGAUUUUUAUAUAGAUAAAGAGAUCAUCUAUAUUGCUGAUACAAAAAUAACACGACGUUAUAGUGAUUAUCUUGUCAAACAAAUUCUUAAAUAUGAAGAAUUUAAAUACAUUUCAUCAGAAUGUAUUUGGUAUGAAGGUAUACGUGAUGGUUUUAAUCAAGUCUAUCGAAAUGGUAAACCAAAACCAUUACCAUUAGGAGAUAUUAGUCUUUUAAAUGAAAUAUGUCCACAUAUUCCAACAACUGAAGGUGUUUCACCUCUUUUAUGUUGUGAUCGAAAACAAUUAGCUGAAAUACAAAAAUUUAAAUAUAUUCUUGAUAAUUUAAUUGGUCGAUGUCCAUCAUGUUAUUUUAAUUUUUUACGUAUUUUUUGUGAAAUGUCUUGUAAUUCAGAACAUAGUCAAUUUAUAUGGCCAUUAGAAUUGUCUAAUAUAACUCGACCUACUGAAGAAGUUUCUGUUAAAGAAAAUGAUGAUGUUGGAAUAAGAAAUGAUUGGGCUCUAGAUGAUUAUGUUGAUCCUGAAGAAGCAGUAGAUGCAGAUGCAGUUACAUCAAAAAGUGUUACAAAACCUGUUGAAAAAGUUGAAGUUAUUACUAAAAUACGAUAUUUUAUAUCAGAAAAACAAGCAAAUGAUUUUAUAAAUUCAUGUUGGAGUGUUCGUAUUAAUUUUCAAUAUGCUGUCGAUGUUUUAUGUGGUUCAUUAAAUCGUGCAUGUGAUGUUAAAAAAUUAUUUCAAUAUAUUGGUUUAAAAAAUGCUCAAGCACCAAUUAAAAUUGAAUUUGUUUUUGUUAAUGGUACAUAUUAUGAUCCUGAAAUAAAACGUAAAUUUAAACCAUCAAAAGCAAAAAUGUUUGCUUGUGAUGAACCAGUUGUAUUACCAUAUUUAUCAAGAGAAAAAUGUACUUGUAUGGAUUGUAAUGCAAUGUGUCCAAAAGUAAAUCAUACAAAAAAAGAUAUUUCUAUUCCUAAAAAUAGUACAAUAAUACAAAGAUUUAAAUUAAAAAUUUAUCAACUUCAUAUUGUAACAAUUAUUGCUAUUGGAGUUUAUAUUAUAUUUGUUAUUUUAUUUAUUUUUUCAUGUUUACUUAUAUGUAUAUGGAAUAUAAAAAGUAAUAAAAAAAAUUAUCUUGCUGAAAAUAUGCGAAAUGAUCAACUAGAUGGAAUUGAAUGUGAAACAAAAAAUCUCAAUGAAGUUCAAAAUAAAGAUGAAUCUGAUUCUGAAUCAUCAUUUACUGAAAAACCAAGUGGUUUCUUAGAUCGAAUAGGAAUAACAAUUGAUGAUGGUUUACAUCGUAUAUUUACUGCUAUUGGUCUAUUUUGUGCUUACAAUCCAAGAUAUACAAUUAUACCUGUAGUAACAAUAAUAUUUGUUUUAUGUUUUGGUAGUCGUUAUUAUACAGUAACAACAGAUCCAGUUGAUCUUUGGGUAGCAUCAAAUUCUCGAGCACGUCAAGAAAAAGCAUAUUUUGAUGAAAAAUUUGGACCUUUUUAUCGUAUUGCACAUUUAAUACUUGUACCAAAAAUUAAUAAAACUAUUAGUCUUCUAUAUAAAACUCCAUUAGAAGCUGAAGAAAAAUAUACAUUUGGACCUGUAUUUGAACGAAAUUUUCUUCUUGAUGCAUUACGUUUACAAUUAUUUGUUGAAAAUUUUAAUGUAACAACUGAAUCUGGUAAAAUAAUUUAUUUAAAUGAUACGUGUUAUAAACCACUUGAACCCGAUAAUAAUAAUUGUGCUAUAUUAUCAUUAUUUCAAUAUCAUCAAAAUAAUUUAACAUUUCUAUUAAAAGAACGUUUAUAUCCAUCACAAUAUCUUGAAUGUAUUCAAGCACCAUUAACACAACAAACAAAAUCAUUUCAUCGUACAUGUAUGGGUAAAUAUGGUGGUCCUAUUGAUCCUUAUAUGGUACUUGGUGCAUUUCCAUCACAUGAUGGUGUACCAGAUUAUGCUAAAGCUCAAGCACUUAUUAUAACAAUAACAAUAAAUAAUCAACGUAAAAAUGAAGAAAGUGUUAAUGAAAAACUUGAAAAUACACUUUUAUGGGAAAAACAUUUUUUAGAAUAUAUGAAAACAUAUCGUUCAGAAUGGUUUAAUGUUAAAUAUCGUGCUGAAAGAUCAAUUGAAGAUGAAAUUGAACGUGAAUCAAAAUCAGAUAUUAAAACAGUACUUAUAUCAUAUUUAAUUAUGUUUCUUUAUAUUGCUAUUGCAUUAGGUCGAAUAAGAAAUAUUCGACAUCUUUUUGUUGAUAUGAAAGUUUCAUUAGGUAUUGCUGGUGUUGCACUUGUUACUCUUAGUGUAUGGUCUAGUGUUGGUAUUUUUUCAUAUAUGAAAAUUCCAACAACAUUAAUUAUAUUUGAAGUUAUACCAUUUCUUGUAUUAGCUGUUGGUGUUGAUAAUAUAUUUAUAUUAACUCAAUCAAUUCAACGUGAUCGUCUUUUACCCGAUGAAGAUGUUGAAAGUCAAAUAGGUCGUAUUGUUGGUCGUGUAGGUCCAGCUAUGUUAUUAACAUCUGUAUCUGAAAGUAUUGCAUUUUUUCUUGGUGCAUUAACACCAAUGCCAGCUGUACGUUUAUUCAGUUUAUAUGCAGCUGUAUCUGUUUUAAUUGAUUUUUUUCUUCAAAUAACAAUAUUUGUUACAUUUAUAACACUUGAUCAUAAACGAACAAUUGAAAAUCGUAUUGAUGUAUUUUGUUGUUUACAACUUCCACGUAAAAAACCAGAUAAUAAAUCUCGUGGUUUUAGUUUACCACAAGUCAGUUGGUUUACACCUAAAAUUAGUAAAAAAAAACCUUCUACACCAACAUCUCCGAAUCCAUUACCAACACCAUUAGCAUCAAUAAAAUCUAAUGAAUCAAAUAAAAAUGUUUUUCCUCAAUCAUCAAAAAUAGAACCAUGUGAAGAACAUCUAAUGGAAAUGGAUGGAUUUUUAUUUGGUUUAUUUAAACGUUAUUAUGCACCAUUUAUAAUGAAUCGUUAUGUACGACCAACAGUUAUAUUUUUAUUUUUUACAUGGUUAGCAAUGAGUAUUGCUUUAUUACCAUAUGUUAAAGUUGGUUUAGAACAAGAUAUAACAAUGCCAAAAGAUUCAUAUAUGAUUGAUUAUUUUUCAGCAUUAAGAGAAUAUUUUGCUGUUGGACCACCUGUCUAUUUCGUUAUUAAACAAGGUAUUAAUUAUGCUGAUGUAAAUGCAAGUACUCUAAUAUGUUCAAGUGCUGGUUGUUCACCUCAAUCAAUGGGAAAUCAAUUAGGUAUUGCAUCGUUACGUCCAUUUGAAACACGUAUAGCUCAAAUAGGUACAACAUGGCUUGAUGAUUAUUAUGAUUGGUUACGUCAUCGUGGUGCAACACCAUGUUGUCGUUUAUAUGAAACGACAGGAGAUUUUUGUUCCACCAAUGCACCAUCAAAUGCAAAUUGUCAUCUUUGCACGCGUAGUACAACACGUGAAAGUUUAACACAAGAUGAAUUUAGAAUGUUUUUACCAUAUUUUUUAAAAGAUAAUCCAAAUUAUAAAUGUGCUAAAGGUGGUCAUGCAGCACAUGGUAGUAGUGUAACAUUAUCAGCUGAAGAUAAAAGUGUAGAAACAAGUUUAAUUAUGGGUUAUCAUAGUCUUUUAAUAAGUUCAGGUGAUUUUAUAGAAGCGAUGCAACAAGCAUAUAUUUUAACAGAUAAUAUAACACGAACAUUAAAAGCAGCUGGUUAUGAUGUGGAAGUUUUUCCAUACAGUAUAUUUUAUGUAUUUUAUGAACAAUAUUUAACUAUUUGGCAUGAUGCACUGAUGAAUUUAUCAAUAUCAGCAGGAGCUAUUUUUGUUGCUACAUUUAUUUUACUUGGUCUUGAUAUUAUGUCAGCAUUUAUAAUAACAUUAACUAUUUCUAUGAUAACUUGUGAUAUGAUAGCUAUGAUGUAUAUAUGGAAUAUUGAAAUGAAUGCUAUUUCACUUGUCAAUCUUGUUAUGUCAGUUGGCAUAUCACUUGAAUUUUGUGCACAUAUAUGUCGUGAUUUUAUAUUAUCAGCUAAAACUUCACGUUUAAAACGAGCUGAAAAAGCACUUGCUUAUAUGGGCAGUUCAGUUUUUAGUGGUAUAACAUUAACAAAAAUUGGUGGCAUUGUUGUACUUGGCUUUUCACAUUCUCAACUUUUUCAUAUAUUUUAUUUUCGAAUGUUCAUUUGCAUUGUUUCAUUUGGUGCUGCUCAUGGCUUAAUAUUUUUGCCUGUUUUACUCAGCUAUAUUGGUCCGAGUCCUAAUCAUAUACGUAGAACUCGUAUACAUCGUUUAAAAUCAAUUAGAAAAUCACUUCGAUUACAAACGACAUCAAUUGAAAUGUCCUAA